AUGGAUCUGAAGGAGCGCAGACACCGGUCUCUGACGCGCGCUGCGUGUGGGGAGCAGGAUGCCCGGCGUGUGCCCACGCAGACCACCUACAGCGCCAGCGACACGCUGCCCGCCUUCCAGUGCCAGCCACGCCUCCUCUAUGGCCACUGCAGGGCCGAGCUGGCGCCUCGCGAGGCCGACGAGUUCCCCCAGACAGGUAACUUCUCUCUGGCAGAGCUGGGUGUGUGUGAGCCGGCCCCUCUGGGCCAGCUGCCCCGCGGCUACGCCCUCAGCCCUGCCUCCACCGCGGACUCCCACCCUGAGGGGGCGCUGUGCCCCGAUCACACCGCCACACUCUGGGGGGGUCACGAGGUCAAGUCCCCCCACAGCUCCGGGCUCUCCAGCCGAGAGAACUCCGCCCUCACCCUCACCGACUCAGACAACGACAAGUCCGACGAGGAGACAGGUCGGCCCCUCCCUCCCACGCCAGCCUCCAGCCUCCUGCCCCCAGCCCCCCCUCCCCCCUGCGGCCCCCCCUCCUGUGGCUCCACCCACUCUGGCCCCGCCCCCCCACUCAGGGAGUGCCAGGUGCCCCUGCUGGAGCCCGGCUCCGCCCACACUGUGUUGGAGCCACACCCUCUCCCUGACAACCAGUUCUCCCCAAACUCUGCCCACUCAUACCUGCUGCGCUGUGGCCCCGCCCCCCCACCCCCUCCUGCAGGUCCUCCCAACCACCACAGCCAGUCCACCCUGCGGCCCCCCCUGCCCCCCCCACACACACACUCCUCUGCCAACUCUCUGAACCGCGGAACCCUGCGCCGAAGCCCCGCCUUGGGCGCCCCCGGCGACGGCCCCUCCCCCCCUGAAUCUGUGCAGCUGCAGGACAGCUGGGUGCUCAACAGCAGCGUGCCCCUGGAAACCAGGCACUUCCUGUUUAAGACAUCGUCGGGGUCCACGCCCCUGUUCAGUAGCUCCUCCCCCGGGUACCCUCUGACGUCAGGCACGGUGUACUCACCCCCCCCGCGGCUCUUACCCAGAAACACCUUCUCCCGCAGCGCCUUCCAGCUCAACAAGCCGUCCAAGUACUGCAGCUGGAAAUGCGCUGCUGUCUCCGCCAUCGCGGCUGCUGCCCUGCUCGCCAUUCUGCUGUCCUACUUCAUUGCCAUGAACCUCCUGGGGCUGAACUGGCAGCUGCAGCCGGCAAACAGCCACGUCAUCGACAGCGGCCUGAGCACGGGGCUACCUGGCAACAACGAUGUGGCAACAGUGCCCUCUGGUGGCAGAGGGCCCUGGACCCCGCGGAACAGCAGCAUCGAUACGGGCGAUGUGGAGGUGGGCCGCCGGGCCUCACAGGACGUCCCGCCCGGAGUGUUCUGGAGGUCGCUGCUGCACCUCAACCAGCCGCAGUUCCUCAAGUUCAACAUCUCCCUGGGGAGGGACGCCCUGUUCGGGGUCUACAUCCGCAAGGGCUUGCCUCCCUCCCACGCACAGUAUGACUACAUGGAGCGUCUGGAUGGGAAGGAGAAGUGGAGCGUGGUGGACCCUGUGCGGGAGAGGAGGAGCGCUCAGACUGUGGUCCUGAACGAGGCGGUCUUUGUGCAGUACUUGGGCCCCGGGGCGUGGCACCUGGCCUUCUACAACGACGGCAGGGAGAGAGAGGCCGUGUCCUUCAGCACUGCCGUGAUGGAUUCUGUGCAAGAAUGCCCCCGGAAUUGCCAUGGAAACGGCGAGUGUGUGUCUGGAGUGUGCCACUGCUUCCCUGGCUUCCACGGGAUGGACUGUUCUAAAGUGGCGUGCCCGGUGCUCUGCAGUGGGAACGGACAGUACGAUAAGGGGGCCUGUGUGUGCUACAGUGGCUGGAAGGGUCCGGAGUGCGACAUUCCCAGCAGCCAGUGCAUGGACCCCGACUGCAGCCAGCACGGGACCUGCAACAACGGGCUCUGCGUGUGCCACGCCGGGUUUAAAGGGGACACCUGCGGGGAAGUGGACUGCCUGGACCCCUCGUGCUCCAGUAGAGGAGUGUGUGUGCGGGGGGAGUGUCUCUGCAGGCCCGGCUGGGGCGGGCAGCAGUGUGAGCUCCAGAGGCCCCAGUGCCCGGAUCAGUGCCAUGGGCGGGGCGCCUUCCUGCCCGACGCUGGUCUCUGUAGCUGUGACCCGCCCUGGAUGGGCCCCGACUGCACCCUGGAGCUGUGCUCGGUGGACUGUGGGACUCACGGUGUGUGUCUGGGCGGCGUGUGUCGUUGUGAGGAGGGCUGGACCGGGUCGGGGUGUGACCAGCGCGUGUGUAACCCCCUGUGUGUGACGCACGGGACCUGCAGGGACGGGAUGUGUGUGUGCCAGCAGGGCUGGAACGGGGAGCACUGCACUAUGGACGGCUGCCCUAACCUGUGUGGGGGGAGCGGGCAGUGCAUUCUGGGACAGAACAGCUGGCACUGCGAGUGUCACAUGGGCUGGAGGGGCCCUGGAUGCGACGUCGCCAUGGAGACGUCCUGCUCCGACAACCAGGACAACGAGGGGGACGGGCUGACAGACUGCAUGGACCCAGACUGCUGCCUGCAGAGCGUGUGUCAGAGCAGCCCCCUGUGCCGCGGGGCCCCGGACCCCCAGCUGGUCCUCCAGCACAGCCGCUCUCCCGCGCACGGAGUCCGGUCCUUCUACGAGCGCGUCCGCACGCUGGUGGGCCAGGACAGCACCCACAUCAUUCCUGCUGAGAACCCCUUCAAUGCCAGUCGUGCGUCUCUGAUCCGGGGACAGGUGCUGACUACAGACGGGACUCCUCUGGUGGGGGUCAACGUGUCCUUCGUCAAAUUCCCCAAAUAUGGCUACACCGUGACGCGCCAGGAUGGCACGUUUGACCUGGUGGCCAAUGGGGGCGGCUCUCUGACCCUGCUCUUUGAGCGCGCUCCAUUCCUCAGCCAGCAGCGCACGCUGUGGCUGCCCUGGAACACGUUUGUGGCCAUGGACACGCUGGUGCUGAAGACGGAGGAGAAUACCAUCCCGGGCUGCGACCUGAGCGGCUCCUCCCGGCCCAACCCCACCGUGGUGCCGGCCCCCCUCUCCGCCUUCUGCAGCUCCCUGCCCGGGGAGCGCCCCGUCGUCCCGGAGACACAGGUGCUCCAUGAGCAGGUGGAUCUGCCAGGCUCGGGUGUGAGCCUGUGCUACCUGAGCUCCAGGGCACAGGGGUACUCUGCCCUGCUGAAGGUGCUCAUGACCCCCGCGGUGGUGCCCCUCAGCCUGGCGCGUGUGCACCUGAUGGUGGCUGUGGAGGGGCACCUCUUUCAGAAGGGCUUCCACUCCUCGCCCAACCUGGCCUACACCUUCAUCUGGGACAAGACCGACGCCUACGGACAGAGGGUCUACGGCCUGUCAGAAGCUGUGGUGUCUGUGGGCUAUGAGUACGAGGCGUGUCCCAGCCUGAUCCUGUGGGAGAAGAGGACGGCGGUUCUGCAGGGGUUUGAGCUCCGCCCCUCCAACCUGGGGGGCUGGUCCCUGGACAAACACCACACGCUCAACACGCACAGCGGUAUCCUCCAUAAGGGAAGUGGGGAGAACCUGUUCGUGUCGCAGCAGCCGGCCGUCAUCUCGAGCAUCAUGGGUAAUGGUCGGCGUCGGAGCAUCUCGUGCCCGAGCUGCAACGGGCUGGCCGACGGGAACAAGCUCCUGGCGCCGGUGGCGCUGGCCGCUGGGGUCGACGGCAGCCUGUUCGUGGGCGACCUCAACUUCAUCCGCAGGGUGUACCCCAACCUCAACACCACUGGGAUCCUGGAGCUGAGAAACAAAGAUUUCAGGCACAGCAACAACCCUUCGCAUAAGUACUUCCUGGCGGUGGACCCGGUCUCUGGAGCGCUGUUCGUGUCGGACACUAACUCCCGGAGGAUCUUGCGUGUGCGGGCCCUGGGGGGCGGCCGGCCCCUGGGGGAGAACGCGGAGGUGGUGGCCGGGACCGGGGAGCAGUGCCUGCCCUUCGACCAGCACUGCGGGGACGGGGGCAAGGCCACGGAAGCCUCCCUCAUGAGCCCAAAGGGAAUCGCUGUGGAUAAGAACGGACUCAUGUUCUUUGUGGACGCCACCAUGAUCCGGAAGGUGGAUCAGAAUGGGAUCAUCUCCACGCUGCUGGGAGCCAACGACCUCUCAGCCACCCGGCCCCUCAGCUGCGAUGCCAGCAUGGACGUCAGCCAGGUGCGUUUGGAGUGGCCCACGGACCUGGCAGUGAACCCCAUGGAUAACUCGCUGUACGUGCUGGAGAACAACGUGGUCCUGCGCAUCACUGAGCACCACCAGGUGAGCAUCGUGGCGGGGAGGCCCAUGCACUGCCAGGUGCCCGGCAUCGACUACUCCCUGAGCCGGCUGGCCACCCACCGCGCCCUGGAGAGCGCCGCGGCCAUCGCCCUGUCGCACGCGGGCCAACUCUACAUCGCCGAGACGGACGAGAAGAAGAUGAGCCGCGUGCGGCAGGUCGGCCCGGCGGGAGAGAUCACGCUGCUGGCGGGCGCGGCGUCCGAGUGCGACUGCAAGAACGACGUCAACUGCAACUGCUUCUCCGGGGACGACGGCUACGCCACGGACGCCGGCCUCAACGCCCCGGCCUCGCUGGCCGUCUCGCCCGACGGCACGCUCUUCAUUGCCGACCUCGGCAACAUCCGCAUCCGCGCGGUGCGGGCCAACGGGCCGGCGCUGACCCCCACGGGCCGCUACGAGGUGGCAUCGCCUCAGGAGCAGGAGCUGUACGUGUUCAGCGCAGAGGGCCGGCACCUCCGCACCGUCAGCCUGGUCACCGGAGAGCCGCUCUACAACUUCACCUACGCGGCUGACGGGCAGCUGGCCUCUCUCACCGAUAACUGCAACAACACGGUGCGCGUGCAGCGGCCCGGGGCGGGGCCUGGCGGGGCGGGGCUGCUCCAGCUCCUCCUGCCGCAGAACCAGGCGCUGACUCUGGGGCUGGACCCGGCCGGCAACCUGCAGUCUGUCUCUGCGCCGAACCAGGAGCUGGCCCUGCUGAGCUACUCCACAAACACAGGCCUGCUCACCUCCAAAUCUGACCAGACCGGCUGGACCACGUUCUAUGAGUAUGACACUGAGGGAAGGCUGACCAAUGUCACCUACCCCACAGGAGCAGUGAUCAGUCUGCGCAGGGAGAUUGAGCGCUCCAUCAACGUCGACAUCCAGACCUCCAAUAGGGACGACGAUGUCACCGUCAUCACCAACCUGUCAUCUGUUGAGGCUUCCUACACUGUGGUUCAAGACCAGGUGCGGAACAGCUACCAGCUGUGCAACAACGGCACUCUGAGGGUGGAGUACGCCAACGGGAUGGGCAUCAGCUUCCACACGGAGCCCCACAUCCUGGCCGGGUCAGUCAGCCCCACCAUCGGCCGGCGGAACAUCUCCCUGCCCACGGACAACGGCCUCAACUCAAUCGAGUGGCGUCUGCGCAAGGAGCUGACCAAGGGCAAGAUCACCGUCUUCGGCAGGAAGCUGAGGGCCCACGGGAGGAACCUUCUGUCCAUCGACUUCGACAGGAACACACGCACGGAGAAGAUCUACGAUGACCACCGCAAGUUCCUGCUGCGCAUCAUGUACGACGCAGCGGGGCGUCCGGCCGUGUGGCUGCCCAGCAGCAGCCUGGCGGUGGUGAACGUGUCGUACUCGCCCACGGGGCAGCUGGUGGGGCUGCAGCGCGGCAGCAUGAGUGAGCGCACAGAGUUCGACCCCCUCGGCCGCAUCGCCUCCCGCUCCUUUGUGGACGGGAAGGUGUGGAGCUACAGCUACCUGGACAAGUCCAUGGUGCUGCUCCUACAGACUCAGAGGCAGUACAUCUUUGAGUUUGACGGCUCCGGGCGGGUUACCGCGGUUACCAUGCCCAGCGUGGCCCGGCACACCAUGUCCACUCACCUGUCCGUGGGCUACAUCCGCAACACCUACAGCCCCCCCGAGAGCAACGCCUCCGUCAUCCACGACUUCAGCCAGGAGGGCCGGCCGCUGGCCGUGCACCUGCUGGGCACGGGCCGCCGCGUGCUGUACCGCUACGGCAAGCUGUCCAAGCUGUCCGAGGUCCUGUACGACAGCACGGCUGUCACCUUCGGCUACGACGACAACACUGGCGUCCUGAAGAUGGUCAACCUGCAGAGCGGCAGCUUCUCCUGCACCCUCCGCUACCGCAAGACGGGCCCCCUGGUGGACAAGCAGAUGUACCGCUUCUCCGAGGAGGGCAUGGUGAACGCGCGCUUUGACUAUACCUACCACGACAACAGCUUCCGCAUCGCCAGCGUCAAGCCCGUCAUCAGCGAGACGCCGCUGCCCGUCGACCUCUACCGCUACGACGAGAUCUCCGGCAAGGUGGAGCACUUCGGCAAGUUUGGCGUCAUCUACUACGACAUCAACCAGAUCAUCACCACUGCCGUCAUGACGCUCAGCAAACACUUUGACACACACGGGCGCAUCAAGGAGGUGCAGUACGAGAUCUUCCGCUCGCUCAUGUACUGGAUGACGGUGCAGUACGACAGCAUGGGGCGGGUCGUCAAGCGUGAGCUGAAGAUCGGUCCGUACGCCAACACCACACAGUACCGCUACGAGUACGACGGCGACGGCCAGCUCACGGGCGUCAAGGUCAACGACUGGUCCACCUGGCGGUACAACUACGACCUGAAUGGGAACCUGCACCUGCUGAACCCGGGGAACAGCGCCCGGCUCUUACCGCUACGCUAUGACCUCCGUGACCGCAUCACGCGGUUGGGCGAUGUGCAGUACCGGCUGGACGAGGACGGCUUCCUGAGCCAGCGAGGCACCGACGUCUUCCACUACAACUCCAGGGGGCUGCUGGCGCGGGCGUACAACCGCGGGCCGGGGGGCUGGAGCGUGCAGUACCGCUACGACGGGCUGGGCCGGCGCGUGUCCAGCAGGACCAGCCUGGGCCAGCACCUGCAGUUCUUCUACUCCGACCUCAACAACCCCGUCCGCAUCACGCACGUCUUCAACCACUCCAGCUCGGCCAUCAGCACACUGUACUACGACCUGCAGGGCCACCUGUUCGCCAUGGAGGUGAGCAGCGGAGAGGAGUUCUACAUCGCCUCCGACAACACGGGCACUCCGCUCGCCGCCUUCAGCAGCAACGGCCAGAUGAUCAAGCAGCUGCAGUACACGGCGUACGGCGAGGUGUUCCACGACUCCAACCCCGACUUCCAGCUGGUGCUGGGGUUCCACGGGGGGCUGUACGACCCGCUCACCAAGCUGGUGCACUUCACCCAGCGCGACUACGACGUGCUGGCAGGACGAUGGACCACGCCCGACUACACACUCUGGCACAAGAUCGGCAAGAACCCAGCGCCCUUCAACCUCUACAUGUUCAAGAACAACAACCCGCUCAGCGAAAUGCUGGACUUAAAGAACUAUGUCACAGAUGUGAAGAGCUGGUUGGUGAUGUUCGGGUUCCAGCUCAGCAACAUCAUACCUGGUUUCCCCAAACACACCUUGUACUUUGUGGAGCCACCAUAUGAGCUGCUAGCCACUCAGGAGUGUGAGAACGACCAGCUGCUGACGGGGGUCCAGCAGGCCGUGGAGCGGCACAGUCGGGCCUUCAUGGCGCUGGAGGGGCGUCAGCUCAGCAAGGAGCAGCGGGGGCGGGGCCGGCCGGGGCACUGGUUCGGCUCAGGGAGCCCUCUGAUUGGCCGGGGCGUGAUGCUGGCUCUGCGGGAGGGGCGUGUCCUGACGGGCGUGUUGAGUGUGGCGAGUGAGGACAGCCGCAGGGUGGCGGGGCUGCUGAACGGCGCUCUGUACGUGCAGGGCACACAGCACACGCUCCAGGGCCGUGACUGCCACUUCUUCGUGAAGGUGGGAGCGCCGGACGCUGACCUCGCCGCUCUGGGGCUCGCUAACGCUAACGGCCGGCGGGCGCUGCAGGGCGGCCUGAACGUCACGGUCAGCGGCCGCUCCCGGCACGGGGCGCUGGUGGAGAUCCGGACCGGACCGCUCUCCCUCAGCGUGCGCUACGGCCUGGCGCCGGACGUGCUGGACCUGGAGCGGCAGCGUCUGCUGGAGCAGGCCCGGCAGCGGGCCCUGGGGGGCGCCUGGGCCUGGGAGAGGCAGCAGGCCCAGGACGGGAGGGAGGGCGGCCGCAUGUGGACCGAGGGCGAGCGUCAGCAGCUCCUCUCCACGGGACGGGUUCAGGGGUACGACGGGUACUACGUCCUGCCCGUGGAGGAGUACCCCCAACUGGCAGACAGCAGCAACAACAUCCAGUUCCUCCGACAGAAUGAGAUGGGGAAGAGGUAACAGGCCACAGCGCCCCCUACUGACUGGCUGUCUGCACAGCCCUCUCCCUCCUGCUCCUUCCACUGGGGGGUCAGGACAUACGGGGUUACUCACCGAGUACUGCAGGGACAAACACAAACCACUUCAGAUUAUAACUGCCACAGGCAAAAAAACUAAACAAAAAAAAAAACACAACCUUUCUCUUCGACCACGGACUUGUAAAAGCACGGAGCAAUGUUGACCUGCUAAAGGUUAAAAAAGAGGAAUCCCCUUUUUAAAAAAGAGCAAAUAUUUUCGCCCAUUUUUUUUGGGUGUGAGGUAAGAGUGGUGUAAGGGUGCGGGCCCAGGAUGGGCUGACACAGAGCGGGGUCAUUCUGGGGGAGCGACUACCGAUACGCUAAAGAUGCGCUAAUGAUACACUCACGAUCCGCUAAGGAUGCGCUAACGAUAAGCUAACGAUGCUAAUAAACAAACAAUCCGCCAUCUCAGGCCUCCUGUCCGCCGCCAAACCACUCUCAGUUCCUUUAACAAUAACCGUCAUUUUUAAACAGUUAAAGAAAAAACAUAACCACACCUAUAUUUGCGGUAAAUAAUGUCAAACAUUGUUUUCUUUAAAACUGGGUAUUGAAACUACUUUGUGUCAGACACUGAAGUUCAGGUGUGUUUUAGAUUCAGUAGUUUAGUUCCAGUCCUGGUAGAAUUGUGAGGUUUUCACCAGAGCACUGUAUGUGUAAUGUGGAGAUUAAACACUCACACCGAGUCAAGAAUCAAAUGCUAUUUAUUUUUAUUUUAUUCAGUUUAUUUAUUGUUGUUUUUCUUAGUACACUAUGACAAUCAUGAAGGCGUCACCAGUUAUUUUUCAGGAAGUUGAUCAUUGGUGGUCAGGUUUUUGUUCCUUUUGUAAAAUAUGUAAGAAUUGUUUAUUAGGUUUUUUAUAUUCAUUUUAAUUUGCUGUUCAGCAAAUUAUAGUCACAGAAAAAAGUAAUUUAUGUAAAGUGUUUUAAAAUGGUUUAUACUUUAAAUAAAGUCUUUAAACUGUGAAAUCUGUUUUUCAAAAAUAUAUAUGUAUGUACAGUGUAUAGAUUUAACUUAAUGCAGCACAGUAGAAUAUUGUUGAAAAAUAUGAAGUUUUAUAUUUCUAACAAGAAGUGGCUUGUAAUGUGCAAACCUUUAGUUGAUACUACUGUAGAAUUUUGUGAAACUCAGAUUCUCCCAAAUAUCAAUCUUCCCCUGUUCUACUGUUUAAAUCCCCGGAGGAACCGCUGUUUUAGCCCCGCAGAAAACGAGUCUCAGUAUUGAUGUGAUUCAUUACAAUUCAGUAUUGAGCAAUGGUCCUUAUUUAGGAUGAGACUCUUCAGAAAAAAACAUAAAUAAAAAUAAAAACAUUGUUUACUUCA